UCCAUCACCCCCCUUGAAAUCUCUCUGCGUCUCUCUGAAGAAAACAACAAUGGCAGCUGCCUCUGCAGUUGUAAAGCCCUACUCCUACCCCAUAUGCUCAACUUCAAACUCCCCUCUGAAAUCCACAGCCCCCCCAUUCCCUCACAAGCAUAACCAGCUCUCUCUCAGGAGAGAGAUAAUCUUGAAAGGUCUUUCUCUGCUUCCUCUUCUUGAGUUGAAGCAGCCGCGUCCUUCUUCAGCGGCUAAAGAGAUCGAGGUUGGGUCCUUCCUCCCACCUUCCCCUUCCGACCCUUCCUUCGUCUUCUUCAAAGCCUCUCCCAAAGACACCCCUGCUCUUCGCGCAGGAAAUGUGCAACCCUACCAGUUCAUCAUCCCACCAACUUGGAAACAGACAAGAGUAGCAAACAUAUUGUCUGGCAAUUACUGCCAACCCAAAUGUGCAGAGCCUUGGGUGGAGGUGAAAUUUGAAGAUGAGAAACAGGGGAAAAUCCAAGUAGUGGCUUCACCUUUGAUACGCCUCACCAAUAAGCCCAAUGCAUCAAUUGAAGAAAUUGGGAGCCCUGAGAAGUUGAUUGCUUCUCUUGGCCCUUUUGUUACUGGAAAUACAUAUGAUCCGGACGAACUCCUUGAGACACAGGUUGAAAAGCUUGGUGAUCAGACGUAUUACAAAUAUGUGCUUGAGACUCCUUUUGCUUUGACGGGUUCACACAAUCUUGCAAAGGCAACAGCAAAGGGGAAUACCGUUGUCUUAUUUGUAGUCAGUGCAAAUGAUAAACAGUGGCCAACAUCUGAGAAAACCUUAAAAGCCAUGCUUGAUUCCUUUCAGGUGUAGCUCUUCCUCAAUCUGUUUACUUUUGAUUUCUACAUGUUCCAUUUCCCCUGAUUUGAACAGAAGAAAAAAAAAAGGUGACAUCUACAUGUACACUGAACCAGAAAAGCAUAUCAUCAAUUAUUGAGAGUUUUUUGAUCCUUC